AUGGCCUCAUCAGAUUUCGACCAAAUUUUGAGACAGAUCGGAGGAAUGGGACGGUACCAGAUUGCCAUGUAUUUUUUGAUUGGUCUGGUUGGAAUUCCUACUGGUAUGCAUAACUUGGUGUCUGUUUUUAUAGCUGCUGUGCCUCAACAUCACUGUGUUACUCCGUCAUUGCAUAACAACUUCAGUCGCACAGAUAUCCUGAAUGCGUUUAUCCCAUAUGAAAAUAUUGAUGGCGAAAAUCAGAGGAGUAAAUGUAAGAUUGCAAAUUGGCCAUUGUUGUUGACCGGCACGGAGGGGAACAGUUCUGAUCCCGAGAGAAAAUUGACAGAAUAUGUAAGAGAACGAAUCCAUAUAAAUGGAAGUAGUAGAAACACAAGCGGAUCUGAUAUUGAAGAAAUAUAUUGUACUUCUUGGGAGUAUGAUAAAUCAGUGUAUACAUCGACAAUUGUAUCAGAAUUUGACCUCGUGUGUGGAAGCAAUUGGAAGAGAGCUCUGGCCUCGUCCAUCUAUAUGACAGGAUUUCUCCUUGGAGCGAUAAUUUUCGGGGGACUAUCUGAUAAAUUUGGGAGAAAGCCUGUCUUAAUGUUCUCAAUAGUGUUGACAGUAUUGUGUGGAACUGGGGCAGCGUUUAUACCAGAGUAUUGGAGCUUUGUUAUUCUCCGAGCUUUGGUUGCCAUGGGAGCGGCUGGCCAGUUCACCGUAGGAUUUGUAUUAGUUAUGGAAAUAAUGCCUCCAAAAGGUCGUAUGAUCCCUGGGAUUUUCUUCCAAGGAUUUUUCUCCGGCGGUUACACUUUACUAUCGCUGAUUGCAUUCGGAGUUAGAGACCAUAUACACUUACAACUCUUGGUGUCGCUGCCGCCCCUGAUAUUACUCGUUUACUUUUGGGUAGCAGACGAGUCGGCUCGCUGGCUUCUAGCAGAGGAACGCGUGAAUGAAGCUAACAUAGUACUAACCAAAAUGGCGAGAAUAAACAAGGCGGAAUACUCUGACAAAUUGCUGAUUGAUUCACAAAAUACUGACGAGGUCGAAACCGAUGUCCAGGGAACUGUUAUUGAUUUGAUAAGAACCCCUAACAUGAGAAAGAAAACGCUGAACAUUUGUUUCAACUGGUUUGUAAAUAGCUUUGUGUACUACGGGUUAUCGUUUGGCGUUGAUGGUCUUCCUGGUAGUGUCUAUAUCAAUUUAUUCUUCUCGGGAUUAGUGGAGUUCCCCGGUUAUCUUUUUGCCGUUUUAACCCUCGACCGCAUAGGACGCAGGAAAAGUCUCGCUACAUGUCUUUGUGUAGGUGGGCUGGCUUGCCUUGCCUGCUUUCCCAUUCCAAAACAUCUUGGAUUGCUCAAAACAAUUUUCUCACUCAUCGGAAAAUGUGCUAUUUCUGGUUCCUUCGCCAUCAUCUAUUUAUUUAGUGCCGAGCUCUUCCCAACGGUGGUUCGCAAUGUUGGCGUUGGUGCAGGCUCUAUGUGUGCCAGGAUUGGAGGCCUUAUCGCUCCUUUCAUUGGCUAUGCGGCCAUUGCAUGGAAACCUAUGCCCUAUAUCAUAUUCGGCGUUUUUUCUAUCGCUGCCGGUCUGUUAACUCUCUUGCUACCAGAGACCCUCAACCGUGCACUUCCACAGACGUUGGAAGAUGGAGAAAAUUUUACACACAGCUCAGGAAAACAGUUGUAUAUCAACGGGGAAAAUAACGCUGCUGAAUUGAAACAACUCAACAGACCAUGAUACUUUUAAUAUAUCCAUGAAUCCAACAUAUGUUUUUAGACAUUAAGAGCAGUAAGAGUAUGGAAUACGGGAUCAGUGACUUUUUAUAAUCCUUAAAUAAAUUAUAAAGAAUAUUAACUGAUGGAAAGUUCUAUUGUUAACUUAUGUUACCAGCCUGGACUUCAAAUCCAAUGAGUUUAUAUAUCAUAGCUUGUAUUCGCGAAUGCAACUAACGUCCGUCGGCUACCGGAUUAAACUACUAUCUCAUGACUCAUUUAAAUUUGAAUGGAAUAGUGGCAGGUACUAUUCAUAUUUAAAUGAGUUGCC